AUGCCCCCACCAGACUCUCGCAGCGGCACAACCUCAACCCCUUCCCCUCCAAGAGAACUCAUCGAGCGAGAGCGAGAGCGAUGGGGACAUGGGACCGCGCGAGCCGUCGAGCGCGGGAUGGACAACCGAAGUCGCAAGGGUGGAGGCAGGGGAGGCAGCGCGACAAAGAAAUCAGGUGCUAGGAGGCCUAGGGCGAAGGCGGACAGGGGCCGUGGUCCCAUGGUAUUGUGCUGGAGGAUGUACAAUGUCGAGCUCGGUGUCAAGGUGGACCCUGGGAAGGAUUUCUGCGGGGUUUCGGCUGAGCUCUUGGCGGUGGUCGCUGGCAGGCUAGGGAUCAAGGACGAAGGGAUGUUGGCCGACACCGACGUGGUGGUGGCACGCAAGUCGUUCGACGCCAGGACGAAGAAGGAUGCAGAGCCGCGCUUCUCCUACACCUUGGAUGUCCGGCUGUCUCCGAAAACGGCGAGAAAACUGCGGCUGAGGACGAAGCAGGGCGAUGUGAUGGAGGGAGCGGGGGCGCCGCCGGUGGCGACGGGGGGGGGUGGGGGGGGGCCUUCGGUUGUGGUUGUCGGGGCCGGGCCUGCUGGUUUGUUCGCCGCGCUGGAGCUGGUGGAGGUCGGCAUGAAGCCCAUCAUCGUAGAGCGUGGCAUGCCGGUUGAAAGAAGGGGCCGGGAGAUAGGGGCGUUGUUCCAUAGGCGCAUCUUAAACCCAGACAGCAACUUGUGCUACGGAGAGGGCGGCGCUGGGACGUGGAGUGACGGCAAGCUCACCACCAGGAUUGGCAGGAACAGCGAGAACGUCAGGAAGGUGCUGGAGACACUGGUGGCUCACGGCGCGCCCGAGCGUAUCCUUGUGGACGGCAAGCCUCACCUUGGCACCGAUAGGCUGGUCCGAAUCCUUCGGGACAUGCGAGCCUUCCUUAUCGAGAGAGGGGCCACGUUCCGCUUCGACACCAAGGUUGAGGCUUUGCUCACCAGAGGCGGCGGCGACAGGGGGGCAAUUAGCGGUCUCAAGCUCGCGGACGGGAGUGAGAUUCUUGCCGACAGGGUUAUCCUGGCCGUUGGCCACAGCGCGAGGCCCCUGUACGAGAGGCUGCUAGACUCCGGAGUGAGCCUUGAAGCCAAGGGCAUCGCGGUCGGGUUCCGAAUCGAGCACCCACAGGAGAUGAUCAACGAGCUGAGAUACGGAGCCGAGAUCGCUUCGAUGGUCGACAGGGGCAAGGGAAAAGUGCCCGUGGCUGACUACAGAUUAACCCAGUCGCUCGGAGCUGACAAGUCUGAUGAGGCUAGACAAGGGUCGGCGAAACGAGGGUACCAGGACCGAAGCUGUUACAGCUUCUGCAUGUGCCCGGGGGGGCAGGUAGUGCCGACGAGCGUCGACCCCAAGGAGGUGUGCGUGAACGGCAUGAGCUUCUCCAAGCGUGAGUCUAAGUGGGCAAACGCCGCCCUCGUCGUAUCCCUCAGCCCGAAAGACGUGGCCGAUGACGUUUUCGCACUGGAGGGGGCCGAAGCUGGGAAUGGUCCUCUCAGGGGGGUGAGGUGGCAGUCGGCGAUGGAGAGAAGAGCAGCGGAGAUGGGCGGCGGAAAUCUCGUUGUUCCGGUUCAGCGCGUAACGGACUUCAUGGCGGGUUCUUCUGGGCGGGACGCCGAUUUGCCAUCCUCCAGCUACCGGUUGGGGGUUCGAGCGGGGCCUCUGCACGAGCUUUACCCGUCGUACGUGACGGAGGGUCUCCGAGAAGCCUUGGAGGCUUUCGAGAGACGCAUGCCAGGCUUCGUGUGCGACGAGGCGUUGCUUCACGGAGUUGAGACUCGGACGAGCUCUCCUGUGCAGGUGGAGCGGAAUGCUGAUACGCUGGAGUGUCCGUCGAUGGAAGGCUUGUUCCCCACGGGAGAAGGCGCGGGAUACGCUGGUGGAAUCGUGAGCGCUGCCGUUGACGGCAUCCGUGUGGGACAGUCUGUGGCGAUGCAAGUCUUGUCAGCUGCGAUGUCAGCAAGAAAUUCAGAGGUCUAA